AUGGCGGCGCCGUGGCGCCGCUUGGCGCUGGCGGUGGCAUUCUGCUCGCUGCUCGCGGCGCGUGCGGCGCAGGCGACCAGUGGCGGGUACCCGCUCGCGAUGGUCCAGGCGGCGCCAGUGGCGUUCACGGAGGAGGAGCCAGAGGACCUGGACGCCACGAAGGAGCAGGACCGGGAGCGCAGCACAGACAUUGUGAAUUCCGAGCCAGGUUCCGACAGGGCGAGCGUCUCCGCCAGUCUCGGCGACGCUGGGGAGUCGCAGUCGGAAGACCGAGGGCAGGAGAGUAACGUGUCGAUGGGCUGCGCCGCUGUGGUGGCGACCUUCACGAAUUGCUGGGGGCAGGACAUUGGCAUCAGCUGGCCAGUGGCCAACGUCGAGGAGUGCUGCGGGUACUGCGCGGGCGAUUCGAAUUGCACCGCGUGGACCGUGGACUCUCGCAGUGUGGUCGACGAGCCUGGCACUCAAGGAAGGUGCUGGCUCAAGUCCUCGUGCUCCGACAGGCGAGAUGACAGCCUCGCCAUAUCAGGCUUCAUGGCAGUAGACAGCGUCAAGACGUCCGAUCGCGUCAAGGCUGGUGGGAUUCUUCAUCAUCGGCCACCAGCAGCCUCACGAGCACAACAAGCUUUACGAGCACGGCCACCUUUACGAGUACCGCGGCCUCCACCAUAA